GAGCAGAGGCAGCGAGAGAUGGUGCGGUUGAGCAACAAGUUGAUCGGGACACUGAACUUGGCGAUCCUGCUGCUAUCGCUGCCGGUCCUCGGCGGCGGAAUCUACCUGAAGGCUGGCGCGGCCACCGAAUGCGAGAAGUUCCUGGAGGCGCCCCUCAUCGCGCUCGGCGUGUUCCUCUUCGUCGUCUCCCUGGCGGGCUUCAUCGGCGCCUGCUACCGCAACUCCUGCCUCCUCUGGCUCUACCUCGUCGUCAUGUUCCUGCUCAUCCUCUUCCUCUUCUGCUUCACUGCCUUCGCCUUCUUCGUCACCAACAAGGGCGCCGGCCGGGCCGUUUCCAACCGAGGAUUCAAGGAGUACCGCCUCGGCGACUUCUCCCGCUGGCUCCAGAAGAGGGUGGAGGAUUCCAAGAACUGGCGGCGAAUCAGGAGUUGCCUGGAUCAGAGGAAGGCGUGCAAGAUCAUGGAGCAGAAGAACGAGACAUGGGCGCAGUUCGUCGGCCACGAUCUCUCCCCGAUCCAGUCGGGGUGCUGCAAACCGCCGACCGCCUGCAACUUCACGUUCGUGAACGCGACGACGUGGGUAAAGCCGGCGGGCUUCCACUCCGGAGACAUUCCGGCCGACUGCGACGCCUGGGAGAACGACCGGUCGACGCUCUGCUACGACUGCGAGUCCUGCAAGGCCGGGGUGCUAGCCCAGAUCAAGCGUGACUGGAAGAAGAUCGCCGCCGUCAACGUCGUCUUACUCGUCUUCCUCCUCCUCGUCUACUCCGUCGGCUGCUGCGCCUUCAGGAACCACAGGGACGAGUACCGCUACCCGCGCUUCAAACGAGCAAGAUACCCUUAAUUAGCAGACUUAAUCUUAAAUCCUGCUCCUCUUUCAAUGCUGUCAUCCCCUCCGUGAACUGCUUGAUCAUGGUUGACUUUAUUCCGACAGGAGUAGCUCGCAUCUAAUCGACUGGCAUUGUUUCUGGUCAACGAUAAGUUGUCCAUGGACUAGCAUGUUAUUGGUCAACGAUAAGCAGACCAGGGAGAGUCUGAGGAUGGAAUAGAUGACGUCAUCAAUAUAAGUUCAUAUAAUAAUUUUAAA